UGAUGUAAAACCCCAUAAAUAGAUGAUGCGUAAAUUGAUAACAAAUGCGUUGAUGUAUAUUAUGAAAUGGUUUGCGUGAGUGAUGAUUUUUUCUCAUUUUUCUGGCUUAGAGGGAAGGACCUUUAAAAAACACGAUCCUUGCUGCUACCGGGUUAAGAAUCAUGAUCCCCGCAGCUACUGGGUUAACCUUGUUAUUUCUACCCCUGCAGCCUGAGGUCGAGCCACAACACCCAGAAAGUCCAGAUUCAGAAAGUGGGCGACCAGUUGAUUAGCCCUGCCCUAGCCUAUCCUUCCCUUGCCCUGCCCUACGUGGCUGAGGGAAGUCCGGAAACGGAAGCGGUGGUGGCCGUGCUGCUUGGGCUCAGCGCCAGGAGACAGCACGCAGCUGUGUCACCACCGGUGCUGAAGUGAGGGUCUGGGGCGGGUGCUGUCCUCAGCGCUCACUGCUGAAGGAAACCAUGAGUGACCAGGUUGAGGAGGUAGACCCCUUGGAAAUGGUAAUCGCAACGACUUCGCUCUUAGAACCUGAUGAACCUGAUGAACCUGAUGAAGCUGAUGAAGCUGAUGAAGCUGAUGAAGCUGAUGAAGCAAGCCACGAGUGUCAUGAGUGUGGCAAACGGUUCACCAAAAAGAGUAACCUCAACAAACACAUCCGCAGACACACUGAGGAGAAGAACCAUGAGUGUGAAGUUUGUGGCAAGAAAUUCACCAUGAAGGAGACACUCAACAGACAUGCCGCCAUACACUCCGGGGAGAAGAGUCAUGUGUGCGAGGUGUGCGGCAGGAGGUUCACGGAAAGGGCCACCCUCAACAAGCACUUCCUCAUACACACCGGGGAGAAGAACCACGAGUGUCACUUCUGCGGCAGAAGGUUUAGACUGAAGAACUUGCUCAACAGACACAUGCUCAAACACACCGCGGAAGGUGGUUUUGAGUGUGAGGUUUGCGGGAAGGGAUAUUCCCAGAAGAGCACGCUGAACAGACACGCUCUUACCCACGGGGAAAAGACCCAAGAGUGUGACGUUUGCGGGAAGAAGUUCACGGAUAAGGCCGCCCUCACUACACACGUCCGCACACACACUGGGGAGAAGAAUCAUGAGUGUGAGAUUUGUGGGAAGCGAUUCACACAGCGCGGCACUCUCCGAGGUCACAUGCAGAAGCACACUGGCGAGAAAAACCAUGAGUGUGAAAUAUGCGGGAAAACAUUCAUGCUCAAAGGCUAUCUGAACUCACACCUCAAACGUCACACUAGGGAAGGGAAAGUCGAGUGUGAAGUGUGCGGAAAAAUCUUCACCGGGAGAAACGUCCUCAAAAUCCACGUACUUACACACGCCGGGGAGAAGAACCACAAGUGUGAAAUAUGCGGGAAAACGUUCAUGCUCAAAGGCUAUCUCAGCACACACAUGAAAGGUCACACUAGGGAAGGGAAAUUCGAUUGUGAACUAUGCGGAAAAAUCUUCACACAGAAACGCCUCCUCCAAAAACACACACGAAGACACACCAGCAAGAAAAAACAUGAAUGUGAAGUUUGCGGGAAACGGUUCUCUCAGAAACGCUCCCUCACGAAACAUAGCCUCCUGCAUGUUAGUAAUGAUGACUUUAAGUGUGAAGUGUGUGGGGAGGGAUUUGCCGAGAAGAUCGCUUUAGACGAACACAUCCUGGAACACAAUGAGGAGGAGGAGGAGGAGGAGGAGGACUUGACACCGUGUGAGACCAAGCCGACACCCACCAAGGAGAAGCAUCCUAAGAUCAGCGUUAAAAGUCUUGCCAGGAAAAAAUCAACUCAACCCAGUAUCUGCGACGGGCCAAAUUUCUCCCAUGAUAUAAACCUCCCAAAAAUAGAUGAUGCAUAAACUGAUCACAAAUGCAUUGAUAUAUAUUAUGAAAUGGUUUGUGUGUGUGAGGAUUUUUUCUCAUUUUUCUUGCUUAGAGGGACCUUUAACCCGGUAGCAGCGACGGGCCAAAUUUGUACCAUGAUAUAGAC